AUGUCUCCCCCUACUUCUCGCCCUCUUCCUCUCCGCCGUACACGGCAAGCAAACAGCCGCACAACGAAACGCAACGGCGGCGAUCAGUUCAGCUUUUCGUCCCGGCUGGCCAAGAGGGAUCGAGACAUCCUCGGAAUGUACAAACCACGACUUGGCCCUCUGAGUCUCGGUCUUUCUCUGGCCGCGCUACUCGCCAGUUUUCUCUGGCCGCGCUACUGCGCCAGUCGAGAGAAGAACCACCGGAUGGUGGUUCUGGGGUAUGUUCCAAUCCUCAUCGUCGCCGUCGAGAAGUGGCCCUCUGAGUUUCGGUCUUUCUCUGGCCGCGCUAUUGUGGCCCUCUGA